AUUUUAUUUUUAAAAAAAGUGUUGGGAAAAUUUUCGUUUGGCCGGAGAUGAAGAUAGGGGCGGUUCAGGAGAGUUGGCUUAUACGGACUCCGGUACUUAGGCCGGCGGUUCAAGGCUCAAUUCGCCGGAAUGGAAAGCCGCAGCUUGAGUUUCCUCUCUCGAACAGGUUGUCUCGUUGUGUGGUUAUGGCUGUUCAAGGAGGGAGAGGAUAUGAAUCUCCAUGGGAUGAAAAACCCUAUGAAACUCUUCCUACUGGUAAAAGGGUUUAUGUUGAUGAAUCUGAUGUUGUGACGUUUCUUGAUCCCCCCAAGGAGUUGAUUCCAUUGGACCCUGCUUCAUAUAACCCGGCUGCUUAUCUCUGGAAAAAGAUUGAAGACAUCCCCGAAGAGAGGCGCCACCAUUUGCUGCAAUUAUUAGAGCCAAGAUUGGAUUCAUAUGCCAAAGAAGUUGACAUGGAAAAAGAACUUAGAGCAUGUACAGUUUUCUUCAUGAGAGUGUAUGUAUGCAGGCUUAUAUCUAGAGCAUGGGAAAUAGCAAGCACUCGGUAUGAAGAUCCAAAGUUAGCUAAAAUGACUGCAUCCAAGAUAUUCUCUGCUGGAAAUGCGGAAAUUCCAGUUGAAUACUUCAGCUGCCGAACAAGUCAGGGUCCACUAAUCAUAUCUUGGAUAAAUUUCUUCAAGAUGGCUUUGUUUCGCUCCUACAACGGCCAAAUCUAUGGGCGAGUUUGUGGUGGACCGGUAGUUUCAACCCUUGCCAAUGCUUUCAGUCCACUAUACUUUGAGGUCACAGAAGCAAUGGAAGUAAUGGCCACAGAAGAACCCUGCGAUGUAGCGUGCAAAUUCGGCGAUGGGCUUCUUGCUAUUGAAGAUUACCCACAAGGCUUCCCUCGACCAGCAAAACAUCCUUAUCCAUUCAACGACAGUGUCGUCAUUUACAUACGGCACAUCGGUCCAGGUGUAUGCGUAGGACAGGCAUGGCAAGAAGGUAGAGAACUGCAACAAGUUCCUCAACGAUUAUGCUCGGACAUUCUUAUGGUCAAACAAUACAGAUGAAUUAAGAAGGCUUUUGUUAACUUUAGAUUCCAAGCUUUUCACAUUAGCUUGAAGAGCAAUUUGUUCACUUGAGUUAGAAGUUGAAAAUGAAUUGUUUUGGAUCGGUGAGUUAAAACUAUCUUAAAUUGUGGCCGAUUUGGCAAUAUAUGUUGUAAGUAGUAAGAUUCUGAUUC